GAAUGCAUUAUGAAGCAAUACUCGUACGCUGCGUGAUUGGAAACGAAAAACAAUGUUUUGCUUGAUCAUGAUGAUGUCUGUAUUUGCGAAAACAGUUUUUGGACAUGUUGUUGGCUAACACUAAAUACGGUCUACAUUGGUUUCAUCUUCAAAGUUCUACCUAGAAUAGUCUAGUCUCUUAAGACAAGAGAAAAUAAGCAGCAGGGCCAGGCCAAGGGGACAAUCGGCUGAUCGGACAUCACUCUUCUUCCCUGGCCGGGGUCGCGGGGAUUUCCUACACUCUCGAUCUUCUGGACUGGGAACUGCCGGAUCCAGUGGUUAAACAGAAAAAAGUGUUGUUUUAUUUAAAUUAGAUUUAGGAUAGAGGCUUUAGAGCUAAGCUCGGGAUCAUUGGAACAGUUCUGUAUUUUGAUGAUGUCUGUUUCAUUGUGUAUCAUCAGAAUUUCUGUUAACGACAACUCUCCAAUUCCAAAAUCAUUUUCAUAUUCAAGAGGAGCAGACGCGAUGGCAGAGAGUCCACCACUGCUGUCUUCUUCACCUCCUCCUUCUCUGAUGGCCAAACGACAUGAUGCCCUCAGUGACAAACCUUCAGUGGCAUGGGAGAAAGUGGAUGAAGAUGGACGUAGUCAUCCAAUCCUGGCCAAGGCAGAGAGCACCGAAGCCAUCUUGGAGAAAUGCAUCGGGAAAAGGGAAGAGACAGAGAUCCAGAUUGAAACCUACAAUGUUGAAGAAAGAUACGAGGAUGAGUGCACAGAUCAGGUCAAGGAAGAUCCUAAACCAAGCUAUGCCAAAGCUCUUGCUGGGGUGAAAGAAACCGACAAAUGGCGUUCAUCCAAGGAAAGACAAAGUCAAAUUAAUCAAUCAUCGACUUUUAAGCCUGUAAAGGGGGACAGUCUAUGUAGUGACACCACUACUACUAGUGAAAUCAUAUCUCUUGAUAGUACUGAUGAAGACUCUCUAAGCACAGACAAGGACAAAGGUCAAAACUCAGAGUCUGACAAAGUUCAGUGCACAGAGAACAAAGGACAAAGAUCGGAGAGCAAAGGACAAAACUUAGAGGGCAAAGCUAAGAAAGGCGAGGCUUCGAGUAAGAGUCGCCCUAGAGUUGUGCCUCAAGUUGAUAGCUCUGUUCGACAUGUAUCAUCAAGCAUUAGUCCUCCAACCGUGUCGUCUGAAGCCAGUGAGGGCGGCAGAUCAAGCAAAAGUCCACUGACGCAGAUCAGAAGAAGAAUACCAUUUUUUUCAGGGAAUCCUGUGGUGGAUAUUACAAAGGGAAUAGUCCAUCUUUUCAAAGAGAAUCACAUGACGUCUCUAGACGAAGGCAUCAUUCGCAGUGAUAUGAUCUGUGCUCUGGCUGUCCCGGCAUCUCUUAUAUGUCAUGAUCUACUUCAGUUCUUUUCUCCUUUGGCUGAGGGCAUAGAACACAUCCGAAUCAUCAGAGAUUCCAACCCAAACCAAUACAUGACUCUUAUUAAGUUCAGAAAUCAGAGCCAUGCAGAUGAGUUCUACAAAGAAUAUAAUGGUAAACCAUACAACUCAUUUGAUGACUUUGUCUGCUAUUUAGUCUUUGUUUCAAGGGUAGAGUGCAUGAAGUCAUGUGAGGGAGCUAGUCUUGCUACUCCAGGCCUCACCGAGCUACCAACGUGCAAUAUUUGCUUGGAGAGGAUGGAGGAUUCAGUAGAGGGUAUCCUUACUAUCUUGUGUAAUCAUACAUUCCAUGGUAGCUGCCUCACCAAGUGGGGAGAUACAAGUUGUCCUGUAUGUAGAUAUAACCAGACACCCGAGCCAUCAGUAGAUAAUAAAUGCUUUCAAUGUGGAGCUCAAGAGAGCCUGUGGAUCUGUCUGAUAUGUGGUCACAUAGGAUGUGGGAGAUACGUAGAGGCCCAUGCAUAUCAUCAUUUUGAAGACACUCAACAUACCUACGCAAUGCAACUUGGUAAACAGAGAGUCUGGGACUAUGCUGGGGAUAAUUACGUGCAUAGACUGGUUCAGAGUAAAGGUGAUGGGAAGCCAGUAGAAUGGGAGAGAGGAGAUGGACAGCCGGAAUGUGAUGAGAAGUUUGAUUCCCUUACACUAGAGUAUACUUACUUGUUGAAUAGCCAGCUUGAAUCCCAACGGCUCUACUAUGAAGAGAAGAUGACAAGGAUAGAAAGUGAUGCUUUAGCACAGGUAUCUGAGAUAGAAGUCCGGUCCAGAAAAUUGAUGGAAGAAAGAGACAGAGUGGAGAGAGAAAUGCAGAAAAGUCUCAAGGAAAAACAGCUGCUUGAUAAGAAGUGUUCCUUUAUGUCUGAUAAAUUAGGCAAGGUCUUAAAUCAGCUUUCAGAAGAAUUGGAGAUGAAUAAGUGUCUUCGAGCAAAUCAAGCUGACUGGCAAACAAAGGUCACUGCACUUGAAAAGAGGUUGGAUGACGAGAGCAAAGCAAAAACAGAGGAGAUCAAGGAUUUGAAGGAGCAACUGAGGGAUCUGAUGUUCUUCCUGGAGGCCCAGGAAACCUUAAACAAGACUCCUGAUAAGACCAGGCAAGAGAUCCAAGAGGGUCAGAUCACCAUAGGUGCUUCACCCUCGCCUGAUGGACAUCCUGGUAGGAGAGGCAGGAAAAAAGGGAAAUAGAUUGAUGUCACAUGGAAGAACAUUAUUCUUUUUUCCUCUCCGGCCUCUACGCAGGUCUGUUUGGUAAUUGACCACAGCUUAGCAAAGACUUCCCUGUUUCUGCUGUAGUUGUACCCAGAAUUGCCUGUACCUGUACUCUACCACCGUUCAAAAGUCUUGUGUAUGCUUUGGCAGGAAAGGUCUUACCAAUGCUUGAAGAUUUGACUUCAGGCACACAUCAAUCAAGACACCAACUCAAAACAGACUAUCUCAAUGUAUCAGUGUUCAUUAGCCAUGCAGUCACCUCUCAUUCUGACUUUUACAAAUACAGCUAAGUGUGUUCUGGAGGUAAACAAGUUAGUUUAGCUCUUCAAGCCAAAGCCUCUACCAAGCAUGGAUGCAAUUCACAAUCCAUCCAUCCUUCUCAUUGUCUUGAUAAAUCUGUUCAAGUGUGGCAGUAAAAAUCCAGCUCCAUUGACAUUCUUUCAAGUAGAGUUUAUUUAUUCCUAUGUCAUUUUUAUACAAAAAAAAUAAUAUUUUGAAGUGACUGUUCGAUUGUCUCAUAAGUUAAUGAGAAGUAAGUGCUAUUUCCAUUGAAUGUCAUAUUGCAUUCAACAGGCAUUCUCAUAAUAACUUAUAUGAAUCUACACAGAUUGGUGGAUAUUUAUUUAUUCCUCUAUCAUUCAGAGGCGUCGAUCCUUGGGGGGCAGGGGGGCGAUCGCCCCAC